AUGCAGGCCAAAGAGAAAUGGUUGACCAGGUUCCGUUUUUCCAAAGCUAUUGGAGUUAUCGACUGCACGCAUAUUCGUCUUGAUGGAAAACCAGCCCAAUUUGUAGACGAAUAUGUAAAUCAAAAAGGUUUUGCCAGUAUUAAUGUACAGGUUACAUGCGACCAGAAUUCUGUUAUAACUAGUAUAGAUGCAAGUAGGCCUGGAUCAGUCCAUGAUGCUCGUAUAUGGAAAAAUUCGGCAGUGUGUGAAGUCAUGAAAAAAACAAGAAACACUAUUCUUCUAGGGGACAGUGGGUACGGUAUAAUGUCAUGUCUUAUGACUUCUUACACGGACCCCCACGAGGAAUAUCGGAGAGUCUUUAACACAGAGCGAGUUGUGAUUGAGUAUACAGUUGGGCAAGUAAAGCGGCGAUUUCCUAUCCUGAAGUAUGGAUGCAGAGUAGAAAUGACCAGUAUUCCAAAAGUGAUAAUUGCGUGUUCUGUGUUGCACAAUAUAUCUAAGCAAUUAAGAGAUGAAGAUUUUCAAGAAAAUGACGAAGAUGAAGAACAGGACUUGCCAUUUAUAGAGAAUGAAAAUGUAGAUGCUAUUCGCGCACAAUGA